UUGGUAUUCAUUCAGAGGAGAAGAUCGAGCGAAUCUGCCAACAUUACCUCACAAUUCGACCGACCGUUUUCACCUGCCACGCUUGCAAGAAAACUUGAUGAGCUACGUGAAGAUAUUCUGUCAGAUGCCGUGGACCAGCUGUCGGCUGUUGAACUGCGUGGUUUCGACAACGAGGUAGAGACGGAGGAGGAAUACAUGAGGAGGCGUGAAGAAGUACGUCGUCAGUUAAGCAAUCCUGAUGGUUUUGAUGCAAACGGAAGAACAGAACUGAACUAUGAUGCUGCUGCUGUAGCAGGCGCAAAACUGUUGAUCGAUGAGACACGAGCAACGAGAAGCAUGUGUAAGAAACUUUUGGAUGACUGUGGAAUCGACGAAGAUGAAAUUCUCUACAAACCACUUUCAUACCAUGAAGGCACUGAAUAUCAGUCUGCAAAGUAUCUUGCCAACUCUAGACAAGCAUCUGUGGUCGAAACUCUAGUGGAUUUCCAGAAGCAGAUAAGAUUGAAAUCAGAAGUUCUCAGUUGCGUAGCACUUCGAAAUAACAAUGAGAUUUCCAAGUCAGAUGGACGACUAACUCGCCGUGCUCGUGAAGAAGAAGAACGGGAGAGGCAGAAGGCAAAUGCAAAAGCGGCGAACAACAAAAAGAUCCGUCUCAUGCGUACCCCAUCGAAAAAUCCCCAACUGAAUCCCUUGGAUGAAAAAAAGAUUAUUGAGAGAUACGCACUGGAAGUGGCAUCGGAGGUACGUGAUAGCAGGAAACGUCGUCGAAUAGCCCCAGUGCCCUUCGAUAUCACCUUACUGGAUGAUAUCGACUAUAAUUUCAGUGGCUUUGUAUGA